AGAAGGUCUCUUCUUUGUGGAAAUCAGAGUUAGCGGCGAAGGAUUGCCUCUCAAGCUACAACACACCAGCUGCUAAACAGGGAAAAUACGGUGAUGAUGAAUAUGCAGCGCUCCUGUUCAGGGACAUCCCUGGAGAUGCUUUGACAUCAUUGGAGGUAUCCCAUGUCAUGAUGGAGCCUCUUUGCUAAAGGCCAGGAAAUACAAGUGGAUUUGGAAGAAUUCAGCAGUCUAGAGGGAUUAGAAUAUUCAUUCCAAGUGACUAUGGAAGAGCUAAAGGAAAAUCAGACAGAUAUUCAGCUUGAUGUACAGAGAACCCAGAAUAACCAUAACAAGAAGCAGCAGCAUGAACAGAUGCAGGAAGGCAUCAGAGACAUGCCAAAAUCAUCUUACAUCUCAGAUGAUGCAAUGGAAAACUGGAAUGAUAAAUGCCCUAUGGAUCCUUGGGUGAAGGGAGAAACCAGUGCUUUGCAGCCAGAAGUAUCCACCAAAGCAGAGGAGCUGGAACAGCUCUGCAGCAAGCAGGUCACAGCAGCUGAUAUUCAGUUGGAGAGAAUGAGUUUAGCCAAGGACUCCAUGACCUCUUGCGGCCUUCAAACCAGUAUGCCUUGUUCCUAUGCUGCUUCAUCUUUAUUCAUGUUAUUUAUACAGUAAGGGAGCUGGCCUUCUUUUUUGUUACAAAGCAUUAUGUUUUCUGUUUUGCUCUUGUACUGUGUUUCAUUCUCAAAAAGAUCUUCCAUGAUUACAAUAAUAAGAAAAAAUGUUCUUAAAGAAGGCAGCUUAUUUUACACUUGUUCUGCCCCUGUUUUCAUUGUCUUUUUGUUACUCUUUCUUCAGUACACCAAUCAUAUACAUAGAAUGUUAGCUGUCAUUACAUGAAGAGCAGCCUAAUUUCACAAUGUUAACUUACUUCCUCAAGAAAAUUGUGAAUGAAUGACAUUAUCGGAGGUCAUGCUGUGUCACUAACAU